AUGGAAAAAAAAAAAUCUCUUUACUCUUACAUUUUUACCCUAACUCUCUUCUUAACGAAUAUGAAAAUGAGUUGUUGGAGGAUGUUGCUAUUCUUGUUGGGUUAUAUCUUGUAUUUUUAUCGUUUUGUGGAUGCUGAAAUAUUACAAACUUUCAGUGAUUUUGAAAUUGAAGAGCAACUUAAAGUCGUCAACAAACCUGCUACGAAAAUUAUCAAGACUAUACAUGGCGAUUCAUAUGAUUGCGUAGAUUUUUACAAACAACCCGCGUUUGACCAUCCAUUGAUGAAAAAUCAUUUAUUUCAUUACAAAAUGCGUCGGCCAUCAUCCUUACGAACCUCAAGAGCAAGUAAUAGAAAGUUUGGUUACUUGUGGAAAAAUGGCAUAGGGUGUCCAAUUGGUACCGUACCUAUAAAAAAAAUUGCUAAAGACGAACUCUUGAAAUUAAAUUUGUUCUCUAAUAGUUAUAACCCUCGAGGUUCUUGGAACUUUACUUAUAAUCAAUAUAAUGUUGAUAAUAAUCAACAUCAUUUUGCAGUGUCCCGUACCAAGAAGAUAAUAGGGAAAAUUUACAAUGGAGCAACAAUGAUACUUUCUAUAAAUGAUCCUAAAGUUAAACCUUUACAAUAUAGUUCUGCUCGUAUGCACGUUCAAAUUGGAGAUGAUUUUAUUCAAGCAGGUUGGACUGUGAAUCAAAAGUUAUAUUCUGACAACAAGACUCGAAGUUAUGUGUAUACGAAAAUUGGUGAAAACCAAUGUUAUAACAGCAUGUGUCCAGCUGGGAUUAUAAUGGUCAGUUCAGAUAUUGCUCUUGGUUUGGAUUUAGGUCCUCCUUGUGUUCGUGGUUCAAGAACAAUGGUCUCUUCUGAAUUUGGUUUACUCAAGAAUAAGGAAAAUGGUGAUUGGUGGCUCAAGUUAGGAGGACAAGAAAUUGGGUAUUGGCCAGCAAAAAAAUUUAAAGAGACUUCGGCCAACAAUAUCGAAUGGGGAGGAGAAGUAUAUAGUGCAUUUUUACCGAGUCCACAGAUGAGGAAUGAUCAUUUUCCAGAAACGCAUAUAGAGUAUGAUGCCAUCAUUUUUAAUAUAACUAUAGUCGACGAAAAUUUCAAGAGUGUUGAGCGGAUAAAGCAUAGAGAGGCAUUUUCGGAUAACACUCGUGGUUAUAAAGUAUAUGAUGAUAUCUAUGUAGAAUUACCGAUAAGAAAUGCCAUAUAUUAUGGAGGUCCAGGGAAUAUCUAA